CCGGAGGCGGCGUGCGCGCGCCCGCCCGCUGGCCCCGGCGGAGGAGGCUGCAGGGGGCUGCCGGAGGGAGGGCCCCGGGACGACAGGCAUCCCGCCAUGGUGAACGAGGCGGCCUCCUCCGGGAGCCGGCGCUCCAGCAGCAGCAGCAGCGGCAGCGAGGGCUCCAAGGACAGCUCGCGGUGUUCCACGCCCGGGACGGACGCCGAGAGGCACGAGCGGCUGCGGGACAAAAUGCGCAGGCGGAUGGACUCCGGGGACAAAUGGUUCUCCUUGGAGUUCUUCCCGCCCCGCACGGCUCAGGGAGCUGUCAAUCUCAUCUCCAGGUUUGACCAGAUGGGGGCGGGAGGGCCCCUCUUUGUGGAUGUGACCUGGCACCCAGCGGGCGACCCCGGCUCGGACAAGGAGACCUCGUCCAUGAUCAUCGCCAACACGGCCGUGGACUACUGCGGCCUGGAGACGGUGCUGCACAUGACCUGCUGUCACCAGACCAGGGACGAGAUCACCCGCCACCUGCACAAAGCCAAGCGGCUGGGGCUCAAGAACAUCAUGGCCCUGAGGGGUGACCCCAUAGGUGACGAGUGGGAGGAGGAGGAGGGUGGCUUCAAUCACGCCGUGGACUUGGUGAAGCACAUCCGCAGCGAGUUUGGCGAUUACUUUGAUGUCUGCGUGGCAGGUUACCCCAAAGGCCACCCCGAGGCCGAGAGCUUCGAGGCUGACCUGCAGCACCUGAAGGAGAAGGUGGUGGCCGGAGCAGACUUCAUCAUCACGCAGCUCUUCUUCCAGGCCGAGACCUUCAUCCGCUUCACCAAAGCCUGCGCCGCCGUCGGCAUCACCUGCCCCAUCCUCCCCGGCAUCUUCCCCAUCCAGGGCUACCACUCCCUCAGGCAGCUGGUGAAGCUGUCCAAGCUGGAGGUGCCGCAGGAGAUCACAGCCGUGAUCGAGCCCAUCAAAGACAACGACGCCGCCAUCCGCAACUACGGCAUCGAGUUGGCCGUGACCAUGUGCCGGGAGCUGUUGGUCAGCGGCGUGGUCUCCGGCCUCCACUUCUACACUCUGAACCGCGAGGUGGCCACGGUGGAGGUGCUGAAGCGUCUGGGCAUCUGGAAUGAGGAUCCCAGACGCCCCCUGCCCUGGGCCGUCAGCGCGCACCCCAAGCGCCGGGUGGAGGACGUGCGGCCCAUCUUCUGGGCCUCCAGACCCAAGAGCUACAUCUACCGCACCCAGGACUGGGACGAGUUCCCCAACGGCCGCUGGGGGAACUCCUCCUCCCCAGCCUUUGGCGAGCUGAAGAACUAUUACCUCUUCUGCCUGAAGAGCAAGUCCCCCAGGGAGGAGCUGCUGAAGAUGUGGGGCCAGGAGCUGACCAGCGAAGAGAGCGUGUUUGAGGUCUUUGCCUACUAUCUCUCUGGGGAGCCCAACCAGAAUGGCUACAAAGUGACCUGCCUGCCCUGGAACGAUGAGCCGCUGGCGGCCGAGACGAGCCUGUUGAAGGAGGAGCUGCAGAAGGUGAACCGCCGGGGCAUCCUCACCAUCAACUCACAGCCCAACAUCAACGGAAAGCCAUCGGCUGACCCCGUGGUGGGCUGGGGGCCCAGCGGUGGCUACGUCUUCCAGAAGGCCUACCUGGAGUUCUUCACCUCCAGCGAGACCGUGGCAGCCCUUCUCAAAGUACUGAAGAAGUACGAGCUGCGAGUCAACUACCACAUCGUCAACGUCAAGGGCGAGAAUAUCACCAACGCCCCUGACAUGCAGCCCAAUGCGGUGACCUGGGGCAUCUUCCCGGGGCGAGAGAUCAUCCAGCCGACGGUGGUGGAUCCUGUCAGUUUCAUGUCCUGGAAGGACGAGGCCUUUGCCCUGUGGAUUGAACAGUGGGGAAAGCUGUACGAAGAGGAGUCCCCGUCCCGAAUGAUCAUCCAGUACAUCCACGACAACUACCACCUCGUCAACCUGGUAGACAACGAGUUUCCCCUGGACAACUGCCUGUGGCAGGUGGUAGAAGACACGUUUAAGCUUCUCAACGAGCCGGCCCGGCAGUGAGCAGCCUGGGCUUUGCGGGGAGAGAAAGGGAGAAGCAGCUCAGGGAGCCGGGUCUCCAUCCCCUAGGUGGAAGUGAGCCAAACCCUUCCCCCCACCUCCCCCAAGGGCUUCAUCCUUCCCUUCGCCCUCUCUGGGGGUCACCGAAGGCUCCGCCAGGGCAGUGCGCAGCCGUCUCUCCCCUGCCGGCCCUGUCCGGCCCCCUACGGCAGCUACAACCUGUAUCCGUCCUCUCCGCUCCUGCCCAACCUACAUCCCUCCAGUGGGAAGGGCCCCGGGUUUGGGGGGAUGUCCUGGCUUGAUUUUUCUCUCCCUCUUCCCGUGGAAGGAAAUGAGCCAGAGCCCCAGACCUCAGUAGCACGGGAGUCGGUUCUCCACCAGCUAGCUCCUGGGGUUGGAGGGAAUCGACGGAAAAACCGAGCCAGGCCCGGUGAGUAAGUAGCAUCCUCUUCCCCGGCCCCGGCACCCGGCUGGGACCGUGCGGAUGGACGGUCCGCCUACUCUCGGGUGCACGGCGGCCUCCUCUGGGUUCCAAGCACGGCCAGAAGAAAGAUGGGAGGACAGAAGGGGAGCCAGAACUCCCGGCUCCUUUCCCAGCCCCAUCUCUGUCCGCGUUCCCCGACCAGUAACGGAGAGCCCAGCAUCGGUCUUUCCCUCCCCAACUCCCGGGCCGGAGAGGCCGGUAGAGGGGUUCGAACGUUAACGUAGCAAGGCGAGCGCCUCGCUCCUGGGGUGCCCGGCACUUACACCCGGCGGUGGGUGCUUUUAUUUGUCCUAACUUAAGCUGUUGGUCUGGGAUCUUUCUGACUCCACAGAUAACAGGU